CAGCGCACCCCGCGGCGGCCCGGAGGGAGCGGGACCGGGCGCUCGCUGAGGAGUUGGGAAGCACCACAGAGAGCCAGGAGCCAACAAAUCAUCUCAGCACCUAAAUGAGGCAUUAAGUCUGAUCUAUUGCUCUGUCUGAAACCUCACCAGGGAACACAAGUAUUAGAAAUGGCAGAAAAGGUGAAUAACUUCCCACCACUCCCCAAGUUCAUCCCUCUGAAACCAUGUUUCUACCAGAAUUUUGCUGAUGAAAUUCCCAUCGAUUACCAGUUCCUGGUGAAGAGAAUCUAUCAUGUGUGGAUCUUUUACUGCAUCACGCUGGCCGUGAACCUCAUCGCCUGCCUGGCCUGGUGGAUUGCGGGAGGCUAUGGGGCCAACUUUGGCCUGGCCAUCCUCUGGCUCAUCCUCUUCAGCCCCUGUGCUUACAUCUGCUGGUUCCGACCUGCCUACAAAGCCUUUCGGUCAGACAGUUCCUUUAAUUUCAUGGCCUUUUUCUUCAUCUUUGGGGCUCAGUUCCUCCUCACGGUCCUGCAGGCGAUCGGCUUCUCCGGAUGGGGAGCGUGUGGAUGGUUGGCAGCCAUCGCCUUCUUCAGCACCAAUGUGACAGCUGCUGUGUUCAUGCUGUUCCCUGCCAUCAUGUUCACCAUGUCAGCAGUUGCCAUGUUCAUCUGCAUUAUAAGGGUACACAAAAUCUACCGAGGGGCUGGUGGAAGCUUCCAGAAGGCUCAAGAUGAGUGGAACAGCGGUGCAUGGAGGAACCCUCCCAGCAGGGAGGCCCAGUACAGCAAUUUUUCUGGGAACAGCCUGCCAGAGUAUCCCACAGUGCCCAACUACCCCUCUGCAAACCAAUGGCCUUAAGCAGCAACAGCUGCAAACUGCCUGGAGUCUCUCCUUUUUGGUCUUUUUAUUCUUGUUCUUGGAAAAGAUCAUUUGCAUUCCCCCCCCAGCACCCCACUCAUCUCGAGGACCUUUCUGGUUCUUGUCUCCUGAUCCCUGAGGAAUAUCCGUGCUCUCAGCCCUUCCCACCUCCACUGCACUGCACGGCCAUGGCAGAAAGCUUUUUGUUUGCCUUGAGUCACCAGUAUUUGCCUCAUUGCAGACUGAGAACAAACCCUUCACUGCCCUUACUUGAGGGAAUCCUCUCCUGAACAUCCCUGGAAAAGGCUCAGCUUCCCCAUGAUGGCAAAACUCCCACAGCUGCUCCUGCCCCUGCUCCUGCUCAGCUCCCAUGGAAUGCCCAGCACAGCACCACGCCAUCUGUAGCAAAAGCAAUCAGAGCAUUAGUAGCAACUGGUGUUUACUCUCCUGGAUGAAUAAUGUGGAAUUUUUCACUCUGAGGGAAAUGCGGCACUUAAAUUAUUUGGUACUAGUGAGCCUGAAGUGAUUUGUGAAAGCUCCACCCUCCGUGGGAGGAUCCUGCAGGUAACAGAGGUGCCCUGGGUGAGUCCAUGGAUGGGAAUUCCCCACAAGCCCUCCUUGCCUGGCUCAGACUGUUGUGAUGCUGCAGCUCUUGCUUUCCCUGCUGCCAAAACCUCUUGCUGUAUCUGUGUGUUCCAAAGGUGCAGAUUCAUCUCCUUAGGUCCAUGAUUGCUCGCUAAAGCCUGAAUCAAAGCCCAGUGGAAACCAUUGCACUGCUGACACUGGGCCUUGGUGAUGUUCACCCUGGUACAGGGACUCAGCACGAGAUUUCCCCACCAUGAAACUUCCAGCCAGGUUUUGUGCUGGAUGCAAGAUAAUGAUUGAUCUCAGUGCUGGAGCCCCAAUGUGGGUUGGAAAUGCUUCUGGUACAAUGAAUAGUUUAAUUCUGCCUUCUGCUGGUGUAGCUGAACUCCAGAUAUUACAGUGGGGUCUGGGAGACCAAGGGAAGCUUGUUAGUCCUCAUGGCUGCUGUUGGCUGGCAGGACUUCCAUGAGAGAGAGAUUCCUGCCUUUCUCCAACCAUCAGCUGAAGGGAGGAUGAAGCUGUUGAGGGGGAUUGUUUUCCCUGAGAUUAUCCUCCACCUUGUCAUUCAUCUCCAUUCUGUGCCUGAGCCAUGCAAUUCCCUGUGUCCUACAGCGAUCCAGGCAGCAAAGGCUGCGGUUCCCUCUUCCCCCUCAGCCUGCUGUGAAUUUUUUAAAACUUGUCCAAACUGGGAGGUCAGUUCCCAAUUUUUUUAUAGGGAAUGAGUGUUCCAAGUCUUUGGCUCUCAAAGUUUUGGCCAAUGAUCCAGAGUGCUUCAUUUGGGAGACCUAGGAGGGGUUGGGCACCCUGGGGAUCAGACCCAGAGCCUGCUGCCUUGGCAGGCUCUUGAUGGGGUUAUUCCAAAUUCCCAAAUUCACACUGAGCAACUGGAAAACAAAACUGGCUCCUGGAAAGGGACAGGGACGUGGUCCUAGCUAGGUGGAAUUGAUUUGCAAGUGGUCUUUUGAAAUUUUUUCUCUACAUGUGCCUUAUCUAAUGAAAUCAUGGCUCACAGAGGAGAGCUCCUGCUUCCCCCUCACCCCUGCAGAAUUUCCCUGUUAACUUGUCCUGUGUCACACUGUAAAUAAUGAGGGAAGCAGAGUCUGGAGUCUGCAUGACCCCUGUGUUACCAGGGCCAAAGCAAAAGCAACCCCAGAUUUCACCAAAUUUCCGUUUACAGCCACACUGACCCCGCUGCAGGAGCAGCCCUGCACUGGCUCUGGGACGUGCUCCCAACACCAGGGGUUUUUCCUGGAGAGUGUGCAAUGUGCUUGGGAGGAGGAGCUCUUGGAGCCUUCUGAACAGAACAUGACCUGAUGGCAUUGUGAAGCUUUUAGGUGCCUUUGUCUAGUGUCAAGUGUAAUUUUAAGUGUUCUUUGUCACUUGCCAUUGGAGUGAUGGAAGAACUGCCUGGCGUUGACUCCCUGGAAAUACGAUGGAUGCACCAGGGGGUGAGGGCUGAAGGUGGCAUUGGCCACACCUGGGAGCCAGGACAUGUCCCUCAGUCCUGCCCUUUGCCAUCCUCUUGCCAAAAUUCUUCUAAACCAUUUGAUACCUGCCCCAUUUCAGUGUGUCAACUUGGAGGUUUUGAAGGAACCAAGAGGAGAAAUGUUGCUGGGGGCUCCACAUCCUUCUUCUCUUUGGGAUUUUCCCCUUGGAGAAUCUGGGGGCUGUGUUGAAGCACCCACUCUCAGUCACAUGGAAAAUGUUUGAUGCAAGGAGAGUGGGUGCCUGGGAGCCUGCCCACCAGAAUGGUUGGAGCUGGACACCAAAACCACACCCUGUUAGCCUGCACUGCCUGAGAUCCCUGUGGAGAUCAAUGCACCUCCAGGUGGGAGCUCCAUCCCAUCCCCUCCCUCCUCUUCAAUGCCAGAAACCGUAACUCCAGAAAGUCCAACACGCUGCCUGAACAAAUGGCUUAAUUUUUUUUCCUUUUUUUUUGGACUCCUCUGUAUGUUUUUAAAUGUUUACAUUAUUAGAUUUCUAAAAGUUCUUAACACCAUUAACCCGGCCCUGGCUCCUGGUGUGGUCGGGCGUCACGUGGCGUGUCUGUGUGUGAUGUUUCAUGUCACCUGUGGAGCUCUGGGUUUUGUUUUGUGUUUUUCUCCUGAUCACAAGACAAUAAAUGCUCAUCCUGUGCUUGAUGAGGAGAACUGGCCGCAGCAGAGAAGUGUCUGUUCCUAGGUAACCAGAGUUAUCUGGCAGAGGGAAAUGGCAAAAUCUCUAUGUUCCUCCAAAGUCUCCCACUGCAUGUUGUUUUCUCUGUGAAAGAACAGCUCAUUGAUGGAUGAGGCUCAUGCUCUGUGCUGGGGACUGCUGUGAGUGGCUUCUUGUGGUUUGUACUCUUAGACAUGCAGCUUUGACCAAAGGUGCUGCCAUUGUUCCCAUCUUCUAAGGACUGGAGAGCAGAGGUGUGGAGAAAGUCCCAUCUCCCAAGCACUGGGGUCAUUUUUGUGGCCUUUCUGUAGUGCAGAGAGCCCCUGGCAGUGCUGGUGUCUGCUUUCCCCAGUUAGUGCCUGGAAGGAGAACUCUUACCCCUGGAGUAAAUGGGCUUGGACAGUGAAGGUGAGUUAAAUCCCUUUAGUAUAUGGCUGAAUUUAUUGCCCAAAAUGUUCUUCCAAAGCUAUCACAGAAUCCCAGAGUGUUUGUGUUGGAAGGGACCUUAAAGCCCAUCCCAUUCCCCCCCUGCCAUGGCAGGGACACCUGGGAUACCUUCCACUGUCCCAGGUUUCUA